AUGGAGUACGGAUAUUUGAGCGGGGCUGGUGGUGGGUUCGAUGGUGGCUGUUUGGGAGGUGGUGGUGAGCUGUCUUGGGGCGAGCUGGCCUCGUGCGGUCAGAUGUCUCAAGCUGCUUAUCGCUACCAGGGCAUGAGGUACCAGCCCCCGCCGCCGCAGUGCGCGCGACCACAAGACACAACCAUGAGAAAUCAUCACAUCUUUCCGCCGGCUAUGAACCUACAACCCGGCCUCCCAUACAAAGUAUACGGUGGUCACGAAGGCUCUUUGACAGAGAAGAGAAAACAGCGUAGAAUCAGAACUACAUUCACUUCAGCACAACUGAAAGAAUUGGAACGAGCCUUCCAGGAAACACAUUACCCUGAUAUAUAUACCAGAGAAGAAAUAGCAAUGAAAAUAGAUCUUACAGAAGCGAGAGUUCAGGUAUGGUUCCAAAAUCGACGAGCUAAAUUUCGGAAACAGGAGCGCUUGGCUCAGCAAAAGGCUGGUGAGACUCCAGUGAAGGCUGAGGGUAAAAGAGACAAGCCUGGCUCACCAGCUACCUCCCCGCACCCACCACCAUCACAACCAACACACCACAGCCUUCCACAUUUAUCACCACCGGACUUGAAACCCAUUACUUCUGCAGCAAACAAGCUUUGUGAGGAGCUGAACGGUUCUGAGCCGCCAGUGAGUGGCGUGGGCAGUGGCAAGUGGAGUGCCGGCUGUGGCCUUCUGCGUCAGCCAUCAGGCUUCCCGCUUCUGGGAGUGGCACCACCCAACUAUCUCCUCUCAGACCAUCUCGGAACCCUCGCCAAAACGAACAACCAUCUUUUCUAA